AUGCUGCCUUCGCUGUACGCCGCGCUCUCCUUGAGCAUCAUCUACCGCAUUACUAUUAAUCUGCCCGAUCUGUCCUAUCCUACAGAACUGCAGAAUGUUGGCUCAGAGAGUUUUCUACGAACGUCAGAUGAAAUUGCUAACGCAGUUAAUAGUUUACUAGUUGAUUUACCUGGUCAUUAUAAUGCCACCGUAUUCCAGUACAGGUACCAUAAGGACAUGGGAACGCUGGCCUAUCUUGACAUUUACUCAAAUGAGAUGCUGUCGAAGAAGGUGAAGCAGCGCCUGCGAAAGGCCAUCGACGACGGCUUCAUCGGNCUGGACAACCUGAAUACUUUCGGGUAUGCCAACUCAAACUGCCCGCCAACGGAAUUCCAGUGUUCCGAUGGGAGCUGCAUACCAGGAAGUCAUCGCUGUAAUGGCAACAACGACUGCCCAGACGGUUCCGAUGAACGUUCCGAUUUCGCCCACUGUGGUCAUAGCUCUAAGCCGGUGAUCUACCAAACCAAUCGGGUUGUCUAUGCACCAUCAGGUGGCGUUGCACUUCUGUCCGCCAUCAUCGAUCAGAUCCCGGAGGAUCACCAGGUACUGUGGUCCCGUGGAGGAAAGCUUAUCGCAGAAGGAUCCUUGACUACAGCAGAUGAUAGCAGAAUCAGUGCUUAUAGAGCAUCUUCCGAAUACUUUUUACGAAUUAAGAAUGUCUCAGCUACAGAUGAAGGCCGGUACAGGAUUACCGUCAGCGGAAUGGGCGCUGACGCUACUUUCGAGCUGAGGGUGUCGGCAGAUUCCGUCAAGAGUGCCAGUAAAAACUGUCCAUCUAAUGAGAGACUGUGCCGCUCGGGUCACUGCCUUCCAGUAUCUCAAUUCUGUGAUCGAAUCGUUCAAUGCCCAGAUGGAGACGAUGAGGAGCACUGUACCCCGGUCAUCUGUUCGUCAACGGAGUUUCGUUGUGAAUCCAGCAAUUCAUGCGUUCCAUCGGUAGUGAGAUGUGACGGAUGGAGGGAUUGUCACGAUGGAACCGACGAAAUGAACUGCACCACAGCCGGAGCAGCUUCCCAACAGCAAAAUCACCAUGUUCAUCAUGACAACCACCAUCACCGGAAAUUCUCUCGGUUGACGGUCACCUGUGCAGAUGGGUCCCCACCGGAAUACAGUCUGUGA